UCCAAAAUUAAAAAUUUCACCAAAAAGGAAAAAAGAGCUUGCUAGCCACGCCUAUUUCUCUCUUUUAAGGUAAGAGAAGUUAUAUGGUUGAGACUCCUCCGAAUACAUCAACUUAAUUUUGGGGUUACUGUAAUUUCUUGGUGUUGUUAUCUGCAAUAAUGUCUCGGCUUCUCUCCAAGCUCUCUCCCCUCAUUCACAAGAACAGUAGAAGCGUUCGUUCGUUUUCAUCCUCUGCGACCGGCCCAUGUGUUUCGAUUUGCAGCAUGAUAGAACCCUCUCCGGACGGCGCCGGAAACCUCGGAGAAGUCAUACUGUUCGACAUAGCAAGUUUGGAGUUAGUCAGAACGGACAAAACAUAUCCCGAUGAGCUUUUCGACGGGCAAUUGGUGGGAGCUUCCCAUGGAUGGGGGUUUUUCUCCAAUAGACACGAUCGGUCUGUCAUUAUCAGCGACUAUCUAAACCCUUAUGCUUCCAAGUCAAAAUCAAAGAUGAUUCAUCUGCCUUUCUUUACUCCAAUGUACUCUGGCCAAACCGAAGUCGUGUGCAACGUGGCCAUGUCCUCUUCUCCUCCUGAUCAAGACGACCAAGAUUGGGUCGUUGGCAUCAAGUUCUUGGGUAGACAGCUGAGCCUCUGCAGGCCCCGUCAUGACCUGCGUUGGACUAACAUCCUAACACCUUUUGAGUCAUGGGAUAGCUCAAAACUUAUGUAUUCCAAGAAAGACCAAAGGUUCUAUUUGCUUGCCCCUGGAGGAAACUACUUAUGCUCCUGGGAUCUCAACUUCAAGGAAGACAAGAAGCCUAAGUUCCAUGAGUUGGUGUUGCACAACCUUCCCAACAUGCCACGUUCCCUCUCGAAGCUGUUGGAUUCCUACUGCAGAGAGGAUCAUUGGGUGGAGUCACCUUCAGGCGAAAGUUUCCUUGUCAAAUGGUACAGUGAAUACCCCCCUGAAAACACCAUUAACUGUUGCAAAUCACCGAUAGUAAUGGUGUUCAGAGAGGAAGAGACGAAAGAUGGAAGGAAAAACAUGCGUUACACAGAGGACAUUGGAGACCUUUGCAUUUUCAUUUCAAGGGGAGAGGAUUUUUGCGUCAAGGCGACCUCUUGCCCUGGUCUCGACGCUAACUCUAUCUGUUUGCAUGGCCGUUUGUUUGCAACGCUCAAUAUCGCGAAAAGAACCGUUGGCUGUUACUUACAUCCCCAAGACACACCAAGAAGGAUUCCCUAUUCACCUUACUGGCUUCCUCCGUUUUCCCCGUAGCCCUCUAUUUGCUCCAUUGAAUCAUUGGUCUUAUUGUGUGGUUGGUUCUCUCCUGUUUGAAUUGAAGACUUCAUUUGGUAUUUGGUGUAACAGCCAACUGAUGUAACUUGUCUCACAAUUCAGAUCCUAUGUUUAGCUUGUUUGUCCCAAC